CAUAAUCGAAUCAGAUCAGCAGAAGCAACAAGAUGAUAUUCUACGCUCUUAUAUUCAGUAUUGUAACAUCUGUCUUGUGUAGGACGGAAGAACUUACACUUCCUGUGACUACUUGCAAACGGAAUUCAAUUGACUAUUCAACUUGUUUAAAAGUCGCAUUAGAAGAAUCAUGGCCACGAUUUCAAAAAGGACUUCCAGAAUUCGAUUUCCCACGUUUGGAACCACUUUUUUAUACAAACGGCAAAUUUGUAUUUAAUAGAAAUGGAAUAUCUGGAGAAGUAAACGUAAUAAAUGCUACUAUUUUUGGUUUAGCAAUUACUCGUUUCCUGGAUGUGAGGCCGCACUUUUUAGAUGAUGUUUUUCGUUUGGAAAUUGAUACACUAAUGCCGAAAGUAUUUAUUUAUUCUUACGUUAGCGGAGAGGCUAAUCUAGGCGAAAUACGAGGAUAUGGCGCUGGACAACUCGAUAUAAUAAUGAAUGGAAACAACGUAACAUGGGAUAUUACAGGACACAUAAAAAAUGAUACAUGGACUAUAGAACAUUUCCAAUAUAUUAUAACAAUUGGAAGAUUAAAGGUUCAGCUCAUUGAUUUCUUUGACGGCAAUAAAGAAUUAACUGAUGUUUUUGAAGCUUUUGUAAACAAACACUGGCCAUCGAUUUAUCCACAAUUAGCGCCAACAAUAUUAGAAGUAACGGACUCGUUGUUGACUGACUUAGCCAAUCGUCUUUUCUCGAAAGUUUCAUUCUCUAAAGUAUUCCCAUAAAAUUCAUAUAUUUGUUACAUGUUAAGAAAUACCAGACUUUAUAUGAAAUAUAUAUUUAAUAUCUUAAA